GAAAAAAUAGUAAAUCUACAAGUGAUUACAUUUACAACGUUGCAGAAAAUAACGUGUGGUGCGAACAUGCCAGUAAUGAUUCAUCGGAAGUUACUGAAACCUGGUGAAUGCUACUAAUCCGUCUGGCUUUCAUGGUUGUUUCCACUCAUCCGCACAUCCUUCGAUUGAGGCAGUGCAUUGUUCCAGGUCGAUUAACAAUCGUCAAAAUAAAAACACGAACUUCCCAACGGGUUUACAGCCGUCGUACGCUGGUGCCCCUUGGUUGAAGGUGUUGUUGACCAGUGAAAACAUCUGUAACUUAGCUAGGGGGAUUACUGUCUCCUUUUCGAGCUAGUGAAGGAACAUCCUUGGAAACGAAAUUGCAUUCGGUUGUGGCAAGCGACGACGUGCCGUCGAUGAGUCUCAGCUUGGAAGACAGUCCAUUGUCGGACAAUAGAAUGGAUAUAUCGGAGACUACGACAUCGCAAGACUCUUCGCCCCCACCGCAGGCAAACACUCCCGAUUAUUCCCCGGUCGAUGAUACGGGUGGCGUCAUGGAGCCUUCCACAAACAUCACCAAUACCGAUACCACACUUGGCAAUGGCACCAGUGAGGCGACGACGAUGGAGCCAACCGACAUGCAUAAAAUGUCGCUUAACGACAAUAUUGCCGUCACGGUGCCCGCGGCUGUAGAGGGUGGAGCGAGUCGGCCCUCACCACGCGUAACAUCCUCUUCGACCGGGCUAACGCCGGUCAGCAACCAUCCGCUGAUGAUGUCACCGACCGGCUCCGACUCGGACGUGUCAGAGUUCAUCGUGCCGGUCAGAGGGAAGCCUGCGAUACGCAACUACUAUCACUAUCCGGACGUGGUGCCAGCGAGUGAGCAGCCGUUGCGUCUUGCGAGUCCAUAUUCGAGCCGGCGCAAUGUGGAGCCGAACGACAAGGAAAACGAUGGUGCCAAUGAAAAAGGGACGCCAUUGACCACGGUCACAGUGGCGUCGGGGGUACGUCGUGCUGUGAAAACUUCACCGGCUAAGCGAACGAUGGCACGCGUAGGUACGAACAAGAAGCAGCAGUACGGAAAAUCCACCACGACGGCCGCCACCUCUACGCUGGACGUUAUUAAUAAUGCCAUCCAUCGGGGCACUGAGGAGGCGUCGAACGGUUCCUCCAACGGACACCGCCGGGUGGAGGCGAUGGGUUCCGAUUUUUUCACUAGCGACUCCGAACCGGAACCGGAGGAAGAUGUAUCUCUGUUUCAAGCGUCCGUGGCACCGACAUUUCAGUCCGUUGCCCUACGACCUUCGUCUCCACCAGGGCAGGCACAACAAUCCAAAUCCAUCUCGCCACGGCUACACCAACGUCGAAAAGUUCCGCUGCCGAGCGAUCUGCUGGUGGACGAUGUGAGCUCGCUAGAGGAAACCCUCUCGAAUCAGAGUGUGGACGAGUUGCAGCAGAAUCUUGUCUCGCUUAGUCCCUCUUCUUCGAUACUGGACGAUAACGGGUUCAACGUGGACAUCGACGAAGAUUUCCUCGAUCUUCCCGGCACGCCAAAAGCUACACAGUUGCAGCAGCAACAGCUGCUUGACUGUCCAGUGGAUGCUACCGCACUCGCUGGAUCAUCUUUGCCACAGUACACGGCACGCGAGGAAGCCCGCGACAUUCGCAACUGGCAGAAGAUUACGCUUCCGGAUGGGAAAACGCGCGAAAUCGACAUGAAAGUGAUCGAACCGUACAAGUGCGUGCUGUCGCAUGGUGGUUAUCUGCAGGCCGGUGGCCACAAUGCGAUCGUGGUGUUCAGUGCCUGCCACUUGCCGGAUCGUUCCCGUGCAGACUACCACUAUGUGAUGAACAAUCUGUUCUUGUACGUCGUAAAAACGCUCGAGCAGCUAGUGACGGAGGAUUACGUGCUCAUCUACCUACACGGUGGAUCCAGCCGGGGCAAUGUUCCUCCAUUUCCGUGGCUGAAAAAAUGUUAUCAGCUACUAGAUCGUCGACUGAGGAAAAGCUUGCGAAAUCUUUACAUGGUCCAUCCGACAUUCUGGUUAAAGUCGGUCGUCUGGAUGGCACGUCCUUUCAUUAGUUCUAAAUUUUGGCGCAAGUUGGUCUACGUGCGAUCGCUGGAGGAACUUUACAAACUCGUUCCGGUGGAGAAAGCGGCCGUCCCGGACAAGGUAAAACAUUACAAUGCGCGGUAGAAAGGUGGAUUUCCCGCUCGACUAUAGGUAUGACGCAUCGGAUAAGAAGAAUAAUCGUGGAUGGUGGACAUUUCCUAGCACUUUCAGUAUUUAAAUGAAACAUUGGGUAUAUCGUGCAUUUAAUUUUGCGUGUGUAUUGAAUGAAAGGAGUUGAUCUUCUGUCAACAUACACUUGUACUCGGUCGGUCGUAUUAUAAUUGCAAUAAGUUGAUCUCCUUUUGUUGCACUAUUUCAUGGAUAUCUAUUUAAAACUACAUUUCAUUAGAAGCGAUCGGAUUGCAUAUUGUCGUGCGAAUCUAGAAACGUGCUAUAAGAAGAAUCAAUGAAACGUGUAGGUAUAUGCAGUGGACGAUGAACGUAAUAUGGUAGCUAAGUAGAAUGAUGGAAUCUCUGUGUGUAGUGUUAUAGCGAGAUAGUAAUCGUGGGAGCAUAGUCGCGACCGCAUAGACCACGAGGUGUGUCACGAGCAAUCAAACAGCUGGUAUAGAAUAUAAUUCGACAUUAUUACAACUAGCGCUAGGGUGGACAGCUGAACGUUUUCAUGUUGUGCACACAAAUCAGAUCGAAACUUUCAGGGCUUAGGAAACGAACUAAACGGUUCGCAACAAAAGAGGAGUUGUCUUUGUGUUGCUCCAUCGGAUGCAUAUCGAACCCCGGCAUACCGGUUACUACUCGCAUUCUUAUCGUGACUUGAACGUGUUGUGACAGGCAUCUUGCUGUUCAGGCUAGUAGUUGAAUCAUUAAUUUAGGCUUAGUUUUCUCAUAUCCAUACGUGUUUGGUUCUAGUAGCAAAUGAAGACUUUUUCGGAUGAUGAUCAUAAAAGACUGCUUUAUCAAUAAUUUUCAUUUUCCAGUGAAAUUAUUUAACUUUAAAAAUCAUGGGGCUGUUUGUAUUAUUUUUUUUGUUCGCGCAUAUCUAAUCUACCAUUACCAAAAGAUUCCCCCCAAAUGGGGCGAAAAAGAACUGCCUGAUCGUUUAUAUCAUAGGAAAUCUAUCGGUGUCUCGUAGUAGUGAUAAGGAUGAAAACGGAAUAGGAGCGGUGUGAAAUAUAUAAUAACUGAUUUUUUCAGACAACAGGACCUAAAGCAAUGAGCCAACAAUAAUACCAUGUUAUGGAAAAACAAAGGACAGACAGGUGACUUUGGCAGUUUUGACGAAAGAAAAGCGAGACCAUGCACUUGUGUUCGCUUUUUCUCAUUGAAGAAAUGGGCAGACGGAUAUAUACGACUAAACGAUUACGUGGCAGAGUAAUCAAACAACGAGAAUAGAAUAGUUUUCAGAUGAUUAAAAACACCUAUUUAAUGCGAUAUUACAAAGGCAGUUAAUAUGGUUUGUAUAUGCAAUAUACACAUCUGGAAUAUUAAAAAGAAUGUACAUUCCGGCGCAAAUGUACUGUUGUCAGCAUAUUUGAAUCGUACAGGGAAAUUAAUAUGAUUAUUUGAAGCAACGUUGAAGUAUUGUUAAAGCACCAACCAACCGGUUAGGAACGAUAGGGAAACGAGAGCUAAAACAAAAAUUGGUAUUUGUUUUCCAUUUUGUAUGAAACAUCGAUGAAAGUAAGAACAAAAUCAACUAGUACAAACCAUAGCUCGGGUCGUGAGAUAUAUUUUGCACAGCUUCUUGGUUGACCUGGGGAGCGUAUUUUCAACCGUUUCUUCCAUGCAAUGACGGAUCGUUUUCGCGUAGCACAGCCCUCCAUGAUCCAUUCGCCUACGCUCGCAGAUUACUUAAGUUAAUCCACUGAAAUAAAGGGAACUAUGGAGGAGAGACGAUUAUAAAACUAUUAAAGACAGAGAUUAUAUAUUCUAAAUGCUAAAUAUAUUGUGAAUAGUAGUUGACACACGUGAAACAACAUAAAGAUGUUAUAGCAAAUCAUAUGUUAUGCUACGAUCUCAACCGGGAGCAAAACCAUGUAAUGAACGAAUUGGAAAAA